AUGGAAGAACAUUCAAUAAGUGAUUGUUCAAAUGAUGGGACAUUUGAGGAUGUUCAUAUGGAGGAUGAUGGGGUUGCUUUGAGGAUGAUGAGUUUGGUUAGCAAGGUAAAGAACAUGUGUUUUUGGAACGAGGAUGGGCUAGAUGAUAAUGAAUGUUUUGAGAAUAAUGUUUCAGAUGAUAAUGAGUUAAAGGAUGAAGAAGAUUAUGACAAUGAGGUUUUAAAUGAUGAAGGUUACCAAUUUUAUAAGUGGUAUGCAUGGGCCAACGAUUUUUCUAUUCGGAAAAGUCAUGUCCUCAUAAACAAGAAGGGGGAGACACUGCAACAAACAUUUGUUUGUUCAAAGGAAGGUUAUAGACAAGAUAGAGGAUUGAGUCCACGAAAUAGGAAGCAUGAAUAUAAGAAUUUCACUCGAUGUGGAUGUAAGGUAUAUAUCUGUGUUCAUGUGAAUGAAUUGAUUGAUCAUUGGUAUGUGUUUGUCUUUAGUGGUGGUCAUAAGCAUAAGUUGUUGAAUGAGCAAGAUUGUGGUCUGCUUUCAGGUCACAGGAAAAUUACUGCAUCAGAUGCAAUGCAGAUUGAAAAUUAUAGUAAAGUUGUCAUUAGACCACCCCACAUAUAUACGUCAUUGGCCCAAACUUCAGGGGGUUAUAAUAAGGUGGGAUAUGUUAGAAAAGAUAUAUAUAACUAUUUUGCAAGACAAGGGCGCAAGCAAUCAUCUGAUGUUAAUAGGGCUUUGAACUACUUUCACCAUUUGUGUCCAAAAGAUCCUAUGAUGGUUGUUGCUUAUAUUGUAGAUGAUGAAAAUAGAUUGCAACAUCUAUUUUGGUGUGAUGCAAAGAGUUGA